AUGAGCAAUCUUUCAGAGAAGCUGGCCGAGAGGGAGGCCGCUGGCCGUCCCAUUCAGAUCGGUGUUAUUGGAGCAGGAAAGUUCGGGUCCAUGUUCAUUGCUCAAGCCCAUCUUACCACGGGAAUCCGUCUUGCUGGUGUUUGCGACCUCAACACUGCUCGUAUUUAUGAUGCCUUCCGGAGAACAAACUACCCCGAGAGCCGAAUCGAUAUGACCGGGACCAUGACUUUGACUGAGGGAAUCAAGGCAGGCAAGGCUAUUGCCAUGACUGAUUCUGCGGCCCUCAUCGCUCAUCCAGAUAUCGAUGUCAUUCUGGAAAUCACUGGAAAUCCAGCCGCCGGCGUCCGCCAUGCGCUGCUGUGCUGUGAGCAUAAAAAACACAUUGUCAUGAUCAAUGUCGAGGCAGAUGUCCUGGCCGGCCCACUGCUGGCUCGAAAAGCAAAAGAGGCGGGCAUCAUCUACUCCAUGGCAUAUGGCGACCAACCAGCUUUGAUCUCAGAACUAGUCGACUGGGCCCGAACUUGUGGGUUUAAAGUCGUGUGUGCCGGCAAAGGCACCAAAUAUCUCCCAGAGUACAAGUACUCUACCCCGGAUACAGUCUGGGAUUUAUACGGCUUCACCCCUGAACAGGUUGCAGUGGACAAUCUCAACCCUCAAAUAUUCAAUUCAUUCCUCGAUGGAACCAAAUCGUGCCUAGAAAUGGCCGCUGUGGCAAACGGUACUGGUCUCCGGUGUCCUACCAAUGGGCUCAGCUUUACACCAUGUGGAUAUCACGACAUGGCAAAAAUCUUGAAGCCGGCUUCCGCAGGUGGAUUUAGUGAGAUGAGUGGCAUGGUCGAUGUGGUGUCGUCGUUGGAGAGCAACGGAAGAGACGUAUUCAAGGAGGCCCGAUUUGGUGUCUAUGUUGUUCUUGAAGCCCCUAGCGAUUAUCAAAGGGAAUGUUUCCGACAAUACGGUCUGGAGACCGAUCCCUCUGGACGAUAUGCAACACAGUACAAACCCUUCCACUUGAUCGGUCUCGAAGUUGGAUACUCGGCAGCUAGCAUCAUGUGCCGUGGAGAACCCACGGGACAGACCAAGACAUUUGCAGGUGAUGUUGUCGCCACGGCAAAGCGCGACCUUAAGGUGGGCGAAAUGCUUGACGGAGAAGGCGGCUACACUGUCGUUGGCAAGCUGAUGCCCGCCGAGGCAUCCCUAGCCAUUGGUGGCUUACCUAUCGGUCUCGCUCAUGGCUUAAAGCUCAAGAGAAACAUUAGCAAGGACCAGAGCCUCAGCUGGGAUGAUGUUGAAUACUCGGAGACAUCGCAGGUUGUGGCAAUCCGAAGGGAGAUGGAGGCCAUCUUCCGCAAAGAGUUUGCCGAGGCCAAGAAGAUUCCAGUCAAGAGUUUGUCCGACGGGCAUCCACUGAAGACGGUGAAUGGAAUAAACGGAAUGAAUGGAACGAAUGGAACGAAUGCAACGAAUGGAACGAAUGGAAUACUCAAUGGGACACAGAACGGAAAUCACUCCUGGAUCUCAAAUGCAAUUUAA